AUGUCACCAAGGUCUAACAAACCCCACGGAUUGAGAUUAUCCAUAUGCUCAACAACAUGUUCUUCUAAUGGAGAUUAUUCUGCUGGAUCGGUGACCCCCUCGUCUGCCACAACCUUUUCUAUAUCACCUACCUCAUCACUCAACGUUAAUCCAGCCUAUUCAUCAUAUACUGGUUCUGCAUCUGCCCAGUCAACCUAUGCGGCAUCAAGUGCAAGCUCUGUCAAAGAGGAGCCCUUUACACCUGCUUUCUUAACAUCCAGUGAUGAAAAUGAGGACAAUGGAGAUGUAGCUGACACCGAGGCUUCUCCUCCUCAGCAAGAAAUUAAGGCUGAAACAACCACGGAACCCAAAUUUGAACUCGACCUUAAGACCGAGGAUAUAACACCGACAUCGCUCGUACCGCAGCAGCCAAUUAAACGUCCCCGUGGACGGCCACGAAAGAAUCCUCCAAACCCUCCUGAGCCUAAAAGCAAGGUUGCUAAAGGAAGAUCUAAGACGGGAUGCUUGACAUGCAGGAAGCGAAAGAAGAAAUGUGAUGAAGGCAAACCAGAGUGUAAUAACUGUGGGAAAAAUGGGUAUGUGUGCGAAGGGUAUAGCCCAAAAACCUAUUGGAGGUCCGGUAGAGACGCCAACCAUAGGAUCCCUUUUCAACCAACACUACCUGCUCUGAUCGAAGGGGUUGAGUCAGACCUUGACCGGAAACUCCUCAACCACUUCGUUGUGACUGUCAGCUCUGUCUUCUCCCACCUGGGUGAAGAGGGCAGGACCUUCAAAGAGGUUUUGCUACCUCUCGCUAUCGAUAACAGCGGCCUUAUGCAUUCUAUGCUCUGUUUAGCCGCCUCUCACUUAGCAAAAACAGACCCAUCUGUCAGAAACGCCCAAUACCAUCAUAAAGACCUCGCUAUCCGGAUUUUGACACAAGGUAUCAACAGCUUGACCCUGCAGGAGGGAUCUGUGAUUGACGACUCGACAGUGGCAACUACUAUCGUUCUUUGCCUUGAGGCUAUCGGUGAGGGGGACAACACCGGUGCUCACCGCACCCAUAUGGACUAUCUAAACUCUGUCGCCGACAAAAUGAAUGCUAGAGCCAAGGCAAAGGACACUGAGCCUCAUGAGCUCAAGUUCGCAAGAUUCUUUAUUGAGUUUUUCUACUAUCAUCUUGUCCUCGACGGCAUGACGAACAUGACUAGGAGACCCACGCUCGAUCUUAGUACGUUUGGCCGUGCCCCGGCUGGGCUAGCUCCGCCUGCGCCCUUUAUGCCAGAAGCAUCUACUCAGGUUACUACCAAGGAGCACGUUGAACAGAGUAGCGAAGCGGGAACCCUGAUAGGAACCCUAAACCAGUUAUUCGAAAAUAUUUCUCGCAUCACCGCUCUUCGGGAUAUGAUUCGAAAACGGAAGGCAGAUGGCCUAUACCCCACGAUAGAUGAAGUGAUGCUUAGUAAAGCUGUCGAGAUUGAUGAACAGGUUCGAACCUGGAAACCGAACCAAAACCCUUCACAACCCUAUCGAGGCUUCUACGCUAUGCUCUACCAGCAAGUUACUUGGAUAUACCUUUAUAGGACUGUGCAGCGCUCUGUACCAGAUCCUAAGAUAAGGAAUGCCGUGGACGAAGGCCUUAAGUGCCUUGCAGCUCUUCCACCUGGCUUAUACAGCUAUGGCGUCUUGCUCAUGCCAGUAUUUUUGUUGGGUUGUGCUGCGUUCGACAUUGAGCAACGCCCUGAGAUUAGCAGAAAGUUGGAAGAAAUGAAGACUGCAGGUCUACAGAACGCAUUCCAUGCCCAGAAAGUUGUUGAGAGGAUCUGGGACCUCAUGGACGCGGAGGAUGAGACCAGCUGGGAUUGGGAAAAAAUCAUCCAAGACUUUGGUUACAACUUUCUUCUUUCCUAG